AUGUAUUUUGUGAGAACAAGAAAGCAUCUGGAAGAGCAGGACGGCAAAGAACGCCAGGAAAAGAGCCGACGGGAGCGGUAUCAGCGGUCCGACUCAGCACGACUCCUGCUGCAGCAGUCCAAGCCCGGGCCACUGUCUGAGGAAGGUAGGGUCCCUAAACAUGUUCCUGCGGUUCAAACAUCUCUGGAUAUAGCCCGUGGCACCUCACAAGAUCCGUCCUCGGAAUUUAGACCUGAAGAAUUACCAGAUGGAGCUUUUUAUAGGCCUAAGAAGGAUUUGACAAAGUUACAAACAACAGAGGAUGAGGUAGGAGUAGCAGCCGGCAGCAAACCUUCGGAACAUACACGACCAGCUGAGUACAUUGGAACAUUUUCUGUCUCUGGGAGUGACAAAGAGUCUAGAGAGCGACACAUGGAGAGUCAGUUGGAGCAAAUGAGGAGUGCCAGAGAUAGGAGACCUGUCAAUUUAAUCAUUUCAAACACGGGUGUCAAAGUGAUGCUGCAUGAAAAUAACAAUGUUUUCAUGGAGCACUCCCUCAAGAGAAUCUGGUAUGCCACGUGUGACCCUGAGUACUGCCAGUUUUCAUUCUUAGCCAGAGAACCAAAAACGAGUGCAGAGGUUCAGUAUUGCCAUGCCUUCGUUACACAGACUUCUCAACAGGCAGAGGAACUUAUAUCUCUCAUGGGAGAAGCAUUCAGAUCGACUGACAACGAAGCCAAGAAGCCACCAACAUUCCAUGAACUCAUAGAACAACAGGUGCAGCAACAGCAGGCGCGGUACAGGGAGACUGAGCAAGAAGCUAAGAAUGCCUUAGAGCAGAAACUCAAAGAAAUAGCUACGCCGACUCCAUUUUCUGAAAGAGCUCAGUACCGCAUGGAGCAGAGGAGAAAAUCUGAGGAUGUAUCUGUGUUAGUAGACCAGGAGAAGUUAUUG